AUGGACGACGGCAAUUCAUUAAUGCCUAACGAUGUUACUGUGGAUGCUCUUCAAAAUAACAUCCGUAUAAGAUGCGCUGAAGAAACUCUCGCUACGAUCGAGAUUCCUUCGGCUCCGCUUGAACUCCGCAGAAAACCCAUCAAUGGAUUUAUUCUAUUCAGAAACUUGUUGUUUGCCGCUCUGGCGAAAACCGACCAAUUUCUCAAUUAUCGUUGCUCUUCGGUAGCAGGUACAGCAUGGAAAAAGAUGCCAAGCGAGGUAAAAGAUAAAUUUAGUAAAACUGUAAUGGAAAGCAAACAUUCGAGACAAAGUGAGAGAGGCAGAAAAGACAAGAGACAGCAUUCCGACGAGAAUCACAAGAAUAUUAAAAAACGACGACAAUAUAAGGACCGUAAAACUGUGUCUACAAACCCUACGAUAACCACGUCGCGCUCUUACGAGCAAUGUACGGUUACUGACACAGUUUUUACGUAUACAUGUAACUCAUGUGGACUCAUUAAUGAUGUGAGCAUUCAAGACAUACCCCAUUUCUAA